AUGACUGUGUCUGCCUCUCCAGCUCCUCUACCUUCCUACAACUUCCAAGCUACCGUCGACUCUACCGGGUUGCAAGUGGUCGGUGGUAAAGGUGUAUACAUCGAUGUCGAGAAAGACGGCCAAGUUCACAGCGGAGUUCUGGACGGUAUCACCGGUGCAGCCGUGGGUGCUCUAGGCUGGGGCAACGAAGAAGUGCAAGAUAUCAUGGGCGAAGCCGCCAAGGGCGCAGUGUACUCGUUCGCUCCAUUGAUGUCCAACAAGGCGUCCGAAGAAUUGUCCAAAUUCUACAUCGACAACUCUCCAAAAGGCGCCUUUGCUGCAGCGCUAUGGGUUUGCUCGGGCUCUGAGAGUAACGAAAACGCUUUGAGAAUUAUCAGACAGUACUGGCUCGAGCGCAACCUUCCAAAGAAGGUCAAGCUCAUCAGCAGAGACAACUCGUACCACGGUUACACGCUAGGAGCACAAUCGAUCUCUUGGAACUCCAAAGUCUUGCCUUUCGAGCCAUACCUCAUGAACCGUGAAAAGUACAACAUCAAGAUCAGCAGCGCUUACGCUUACCGUAACCAGAAGCACGGCGAAACCGAAGAGGCCUACGCCGAGCGUCUACUCAAAGAGUUGGAAGACAAAAUCUUGGCCAACGACCCAGACACCAUCGCCUCCGUCACUGUUGAGACUCUACCAGGCUCCUCUUUGGGUACGUGCCCUCCACCAAAGGGCUACUUGCCAGGUAUCAGAAAGCUGUGCAACAAGUACGACUUGAUCUUCCACUUGGAUGAAGUUAUGUGCGGUACCGGGAGAUCCAACCCCAACGGCAGAUUGAACUGCUGGGAAAACUACUUGGAUGACAGCGAGGCUCCCGACAUCCAGACUGUGGGUAAGACUUUGGGUUCUGGCUACGUGUCCAUUGCCGGAGUUUUGGUGGGCCCCAAGAUCGUUGACACCGUCCGCAACGGUUCCAACAGCAUCUUCGGUGGUAACACCUACUCUUCGCACGCUUUCAACUGUGCUUCUGCCCUCGGCAUCCAGAAGAAAAUUCUAGGCAAGGGUUUGACCAAGAACAUGUUCAAGAUGGGUAACCUAAUGGGUCAGAAGCUCAAGGACGCUUUGUUGACAAAAGACAACAUUGCUGGUGACGUUAGAGGCAUUGGUGGUUUCUGGUCCAUCGAGUUUGUCAAGGACAGAGCUACCAAAGAAACAUUCGACUCUAACUUGGAAAUCGGCUACCGUUUCAAAUCUAUCUGUUUCGACAACAAGCUGAGCGUCAUGGGAUUCCCAGGUAACGCGGACGGCAGCUGUGGUGACCGUGCCUUGCUUGCUCCUUCCUUCAUCAUUGACGAAGCCUUCGUCGACGAGUUGGUCGAGAAGAUUGUCAAAUCUGUUGACCAGUUGACCAAGGAGUUGCACGCCGAGGGUUUAUUCUGA